AUGGAUAUGUUAAAGCCUACAUGGAGGUUCAGGCCUCCUCCAGAAAAUGCAGGAGUCUUGGAAAUGUGCAAGGGUCCUCGGAAUUGCCUGUUUGGAAACGCUUGUACCAAAGCUCAUUCCACUGAGGAGUUACAUGAAUGGUGUAUCCGUAUUUCUUAUCAACUGCGCGAAAAGGAAAGGUCUAUGACAGGACGAAAACAUCAGUCGCCAAUUGAAUACAUCAGAAAUUUAAUCAAUGAAAAUAGGAGACUUGGCUUACCACCAAAGAAUGUAGUAAGUGAAUUUUUAAUACCUGUAUGUAUCACAAUCUCAAGCUUGAAGCUUGAGAUUGUGAUACAUACAGGUAUUAUGAAGUUGUUAUACUGAAUUAUGAACUUGUUAUACUGAAUACACGCUUCCGGAAAGUACAUCAUCUUGGCUGUAGAGCCUCAUUUUCGUGAUUAGGACGUGGACUUUAACUGAUAUCCAAAUACACGAAAACGAGGCUCAAUAGCCAAAGUGACGUACUUUCCGGAAGGGUGUAUAUUAGUGAUAUAUCAACUUAUACCAAAAUUUCCGAUAUACUGUACCAGAACCUUUUGGUAUGAUACUCAAUACCAAAGUACCCAAAUAUUUCAAUAAGUAAAACCGAAAUAUUUCAAUAUUUACAAGUUUAAGCUAUCACGUGUUUGACGGCCGCUAUUUUUAUAUUAAGUAGUCUUUAAGCUUACUUCCCAUCCACACUAACAAAAGCUGAAUUGCCUAUUAACAAGACCAAUAAUAUCAGCAUAUAUGUACUUAUUGAUAUAUUAGAAAUUUCUCAUACCUUUGCAUUUACAUGAUCUAAUUUCACUCACGGCAAUGUAUUCCAUAUUUUUAUUCAAAACUAGUUGAUUGAAUUUUCUGGUGGUCGAAGCAUUUUAUGCAAACAGAAGUUGUUCGUUACACAUCUUGACAAGAAUAAAGAGGUGUUCUGGGAGUUUACUGUGAAAACCAACUACGAGGUGAGAUCUUCAAAACAUGGAAUACGAUUCUAAACCAGUGACACUGCCGCAAACACAAUAAAGUUCAAGAGAAUGCAUGUUCACGAUCGGCUUGAGUGUAUCACGAAGAGGGUCUAUAAUAGGUGUUAAUCUCGCGUGACAUGUGAUAACGUUGUUUUGGUUAGGAAACAGGAUGCAAGGAAAGAGAAUUUUGGGGUUUUGAGAAGUGUUGGGCGCAUAAUGAGCAAAUAUACGGAAAACGCGGGGAAUACUAAAUUCGAGUACGAGACUUAGAAUACACGUAUAUAUGGACCUUUUUUAAACGUAUUUAUGGGCCGGGUAGGGCUGGUACGUUUGAACGCUCGUCUUUUGAAGUAAACAUGUCCAUGUGUGAUGCAAUGAAUAUAUGCUGUAAAGAUGUUUCAAGCAUGUCGACAUACAGUAUAAUUAUGUAAUUCAUUAGCAUUGCAAAUGCUGCAUGCAAGUUGAAUAGGUUGGUUGUACAAAAGGUGCGGGGCGACAUAGCACUCAACACGCUCAUACAGUACUACCAUGCAAGAAAUAACUUAUCAAAAACCGCGUCCAAGACGUGGGUAUCUUGCGUCCACUGUGCGCCCGCGGGUGCGUCCGUCCUGCGGGCGCCGUGCGUCCACUGUGCGUCUGCGGGCGCUUGCGGGUUCAACUUUUUAUUCUUUGCUUCUCCGAUCAGUGACACUGAUCUGUAUUCUCACGACAAACUACGAGUAUGAUGUAAAUAUUAGAUCGUUUUUCCGAUUAUGUUACGACGACUGCGCAUGCGUCCAAGCGGACGCAGUUUUUAAGCAGAGGCCGGACGCGGGACAAGUUAUUUCUUGGCAGUACUGUAAGGUACUCAACAUUUUAGAAAUUAAAUUAAUUGCACGAAUCAUGGUUCUUUUCUUAUAGCAGGAGGUUGGGGCUUGUGAUUACGAUAGCGUUUUAUUUGAACAUUUUUAUCUAACCGUAGAACAAUCGAAAGAGUACUAAAUACACAAUGUCUUGUUUCAGAAUCGCAAUGGUCCAAUCCAAGGCUUACAGAAUGUGCUUUUUCUUGAAAAAGAUUGCCGUGAAUUCUGCUUUAGUAGCCUCACUAAUGGCAUCAGCGGUGAACCUUUGAAUAUCCAUGGUAGCGAGAUAUCCUUAACAAACUAUAGUUCUACUCCUGUGAUGUUUGCCAAGAUAUGUGUAAAAUUCUGCUCGCCGUCUUACGGUCAUUUUAAUGUAACCAUUGUUUUUGACUUUGGUUUCGCUCCGAGGAUUGUUCGAUAUGUGGGUGUUGUAGUAGCACCUGAGAAACAUCUCUUUGAGAAGUUGUCAUCGCCACCUACCACCACAUCGAAUGAUAAACAUAAUGAACUGACUUGGACGCAGAAAUAUAAACUGGUGUCUUUUGAUGGCAGUACAACAGGUAAGUGUGUAACAGUAACAAAUUUAAUGUGAGUGAUGUGGAUUUAUGGUCUCACCAUUUUAUUGAAGAAUAUAAAUAUCUAGUAUCUAUCCUGGGUUUACUUCCCAAGAUGAUAUCGUUUUUGCAAAAUAUUGUUCAGGCCUGUUUUCAUCAACAUUGUUACAGGCUAGGCGUUUUUUGCUAUGUAAACCACAGUUAUCGAGAUUCAAGAUAGUGUUGGCAUUGGUAAAUAAGUCAGCAGCGAAUGCAAAUUUCGAGUAAUAAACUAGCGGCAAUUGGACACUGUAGCUCAGUAUUCAGAGUGCCGCACUGGAAUCGCAAGCUACUGGUCCGUUCGAUUCCUGUUUAUUCCUGCACAAAACGAUGCCAAUGUAUUACAGAACAGCUGAAACUUUGUUAUUUUGAAACCGUAAACAGUAUUUUACGUUUUAUGUAGAAGAAGAUGCCAACACAGGAGAAUACAGUUUACCAGCAAACUUACAAUACGGUGUGGAAUUUGGCGCAUUUGAAUACAUGGAUGUUUAUCUGACGACUGAAAAUUAUCGCGAUCGUCUUCAUAAUCUGCUGUUUGUUGAAGAAUACGAGAGAAGAAAACGAAUGUCAAGGUACAGUUGAAAUGUUUUUGUAGAUGGAAAUUUCUAGCAGGAGCAGCUACGGAAAAUGCAACUAUAUCGGCCAUCUUGCAGGAAUGGAACCUGCGGCCCUGCGAUUUCGUGACAGACAUUAUACCGUAUUUCAGUACAAUUGACCAGAAUACUGUAUUUCGGUAUUUCAACCACUAGAUGCUUAACCCAUGUUUACCAUAAAUCAUGUAUAUACUGUACCCAUAUUUCGGUACACGUUACUUUUCGUCUUGAAUAAAUCUUUCUGUUACAGAUUCAGACCCCGCCCACUCUCCCUCAUCCAGGUUAGACAAAUAAUACAAUCGUGUUUUCUUUUAAUUUGCAGGUUAAAUGUGCAUUGCCACGAUAUAUUUACUUUAUUUGGCAAGCGCUCAAAACUUCCAUCAAUGAGAACCGUUGAUUCGCAGAAAGCUCUGUUUAUUCCAGUAUCUGAGGAGACUCUAGAGGAAGUUGGUAUCCUAAUAACCCGAGGUUCCAAGGCAUUGAUACGACUAAGACAGUUUGUAUAUGGUGUUGACUCCGAAGACUACGUUGUACAUGAGGCUUUGGUUAUCAACAUCUUGAGUAGAGAAGUAAUUCUGGAAAUCAGUUCCAAGACACUGACCUUGCUUAAAACCAUGACUGCACCAGUACCAGUUGAUAUUUGUUUCAGAUUUGUCAACACGUUUCUCUGCAUGCAUUCCGCAAUUGAUCGUGUCAAUCUUGAUCUAAUUUUUUAUCAACCGUUGUUGAGACUAGUCGUCGAGAGUAGUCGUAAUUUGCCACCUCAGCGUCAUUCCCUGCUAAGUCCCACACAGGCUACCGCUCUUUCACGGAUUGUUCACAGUUCACCAG